AUGACGGCACCGCGGUCCCCUUCCCCACUUGCUGAUCAAGAUCUGGCUUAUCAGAGUCAGAAAGAGAAUCGAUUGAUUGUGGGGGUUGAUUUCGGCACGACUUAUUCUGCGGUGGCCGCCGUGUAUAGCGGGUGUCCGGAUGAAAUUGACAUAAUAAAAACAUGGCCUGGAGGGAACGGAAUCACAUCGGACAAAGUGCCGACGGAGAUUGGAUACUAUGACCUCCUAGACGCCCCAGACACACCGCUAUCACUGAAUGAUGAUGGUACCGAACCACCUCGCCCACAAGGCAUCAAAUGGGGCUUCCAAUUCAAGCCUGAGGAAACGCGCCUCCGCUGCAUCAAGCUGUUUCUCGACCACAACCAGAAGCUCCCGCACUUCGUCUCGCCCUUGGAGACAGCCGCACAGCUGCGGAAAUACGAGCGGACCGUUGGCGAUGCCGUGUCGGACUAUCUCACCCAGAUCUACAAGCACACGGUCGAAACGUUGACCAUGCGCUACGGCGAGAGCUUCAUGGCGCGGACGAAGGUCGAGUUCGUGUUGACGGUGCCGGCAGUCUGGUCGGAUGCAGCGAAAGCAGGCACACUAUCAGCGGCAGAAAGAGCUGGGAUGGGGAGUCGGCAUGAUUUGAAGUUGAUUUCGGAGCCCGAGGCGGCGGCGGUGUAUACGCUGAAAGCGAUCCAGCCAAAUCAUCUCAGUAUUGGCGACAACUUCAUCGUUUGUGACGCUGGGGGUGGGACUGUCGACCUAAUAGCCUAUCAGAUCACCCAGCUUAAUCCGCUACGAGUUGAAGAAUCAGCAGUCGGCAAUGGUGGACUCUGUGGAUCUGCAUUCCUUAAUUAUAGGUUUGAAGAGCAUGUGAAGCAGCGCAUCGGCGAAGAGCACUACAGUCGCAUGCGGGAAAAGAAGCCCAAGACCUGGAACAUGGGCCUCAAGUACUUCGACGAAUUCGUCAAACGGACCUACAGCGAAGAAGAGCACCAGGAAGUCAACAUCCCGUUCCCGGGAUUGCCCGACGAUGAAGACGCAGGGGUCAUGGACGGGUUCAUGACCAUGUCGCCCUCCCAAAUCAAAGAGAUUUUCGAGCCCGUGGUGAAGGAGGUGGUGGAGCUCGUGGAGGGACAGGUGAGCAGUAUCAGGGGGAAAGGGGGUGUCGUCUCCGGCAUUGUGCUAGUUGGUGGCUUUGGGCAGUCAAAUUAUCUCUAUCGAUGUAUGAAGGCCAAUUUCAACGCCACACCUCCACCGCCGUACACGGAGAAACCCACGCAUGCCGCCUGUACGGAUUCCUCGAGCGCCAUCGAGGUCAUGCACCCGAUGUAUGCGUGGACGGCGGUUGUUCGGGGGGCGGUGCUGAGGGGGUUGGAAGGGAGUAUGGUGAUUUCUAGAAGAAGCAGAUGGCAUUAUGGGACGAGUUACGCGACAGUUUUCGAUGCCACGAGGCAUCCAAUGGAAGAUCGAUACUGGAGUCCGCUGUGGGAGCGGUGGAUGGUCAGUGACAGGAUGCAAUGGCACAUUGCCAAGGAUCAGCAAGUGUCAGAGCAUAACCCCAUCUCCUUCCACUACACUCGCAAUUUCCGCCCCGGCCAAUCCCUCAUCGUCGAGGAUGAGCUCAUCGGCUGCAACGACGACGACGCGCCGGACGCGUACCACAAGGAGUUGACCACCGUCUGCACCCUGCGGACAGACCUCAACGCCGUCCCACGGUCCCUGUUCACGCGACUGACUACGACUAAAGGCGUGGAAUUUGAUAAUCUGGAUUUCACGCUCGAUAUGCGGAUUGAAAGCGCUGGUUUGACCUUUGAGUUGAAGGUCGAUGGCGUCCGUUACGGGGUCGUCGCGGCGAAAUUCCACUGA